GUAGGGUUAGUUACGGAUUCGCUUGGAUGUUUUUUCGAGGAUUAGUAAUAUUUGCGUCUGUUUCCAUAGCAACCAUUGCAUUUUUUUUCCCUUCCAAGGCUGCGCUGACCGGACACGUUUUUGUCUAAUUUAACAUAAAAAUGAGGCGUUUUAUAAAAGAGUGGUGGCUCUACGAGAAGUCUCCAUUCCUUCAGCGACUCAGGUCAGCAUGGUCACAGAGAUCAUCACCAGUUCUUUCAGACUGAACUCUCUCAAUCUCAUACUGAAGAUCAGGAACCACCAUGGUCAUCUGAUCCCUCUGAACUGCUCCAUCCCUGCUAACAGCAAACACACACCACAUGUGCUUGAGGUGACUAGGGUCUUUCAGCACGCAACAGCAUCUGAAGAUGUCAUCAUCUGUAGCUGUGAUUUUGUUGCAGUUCGCCCCAAAUCCAGAACUGUUCCUACGACUGUGAUCAACAAGAGCAUGAAGACCAGGCUGCAGGCCAUCGACAGGAGGAUGCAGAAACUAAAUGAUCUGCUGCCUCAGAUUAAACCACGGCACAAUGAAAAACUAAUGCAGGAGAUUGAAAGUCUGAAGCAGAAGUUAACAUUUCUUUAUCAGAGAAUGCAGGUGGCAGAUUCCCACAGCUGGAAAGGGAUGCCGAGCAGAGCCCCCCUGUGGUAAAGGGGGGUGUAGGCCCUUGAAGAGAAAUGACAUUCUCACCCUAGACUGUAUCGUAAUGGGCAAAGUGUAAAAUUGUAGUUAAAUUUGGCCAUUUCUAAUAAAAUAGGUAUGAAUUAUGGUUUGCAUGCUAAUGUAACGAUAAAAUGUACAUAUUAUUUAAUGAACCAUAAAAUGUGAGACUCCAUAGGAAAUAUGAAAUCAAUCUUAUGGAUCUUUGGAUAAUUUAAACCAGAAGAUUGGAACUUUUUAUUGCAGGGAUUAUGUAAUAACUUCGUAUUAACUCAGAGACAAAAGAAAGAGUCAAGUUUUAAAGUUAAGAAGAUUUAUUACUAAACGAUUUAAAACUAGACUAACUUUAAACACUAAACACUCUGUGUGAUGAAUGGAUUUAGGUGUGAAUGAGGCAAGAUUGAUGGUGUAGUGUGGAAUGUUGUUCAGAACCAGCAAAUCUGGAGAAACAACUAGUUCUGAUGGGAGUGAAAUGAGGUUUUCGCUCUAAGCUUUAGGUUGGAGAUUAUAACACACAUUGAGACGCCAUUCUGCCGGUCUACGUACCCUUUGCGGAAGUCCCCGUUAGAUCAGAAAUGUCGAGGUCCAGCUUGACCUUCUCUGGAACCGAAGCCGGAAGCAAGGCAGCGGUUGCCGACCAGACCAGUCUUGAGAUACUCCCAGGUCACGACAGUUUAUUAGCAUCUAGCAAGACCCAAAAAGGGGUCGUGAUGGUUCAGCUUUUAUUCUGAAAGGAACCGUUGCUGCAGGUGGAACAUGCACCAGAUUUAAUCCAGUUUGUCGUUAGGUUCUUUCGGCUGAAGAGGAAAGUUACGGAUUGGCCACUCCGAUAACUUCUCUAGAACGCUUUGGACUCCAGUUAAGAUGACGUGGGGCAUAGUUUUAUAAUUUGGAUGUUUUGAUUUACUGUUGAAUCAGAAAAGGACAACAAUAGGGGAUUUACCAAACACCAACAAAACCACGCCUCGCAUCAGAUCUGGAAGGUUCUGAUUGAAUCAGAAAAGGAAAAUGUGUCAUGUGACUUUAAGCAUUAUGUGGAUGAGAAUGUCUAGUGUCUAGUUUAAAGUCCUAUUACUUAUUAAAAUACUACUGACCAUAAACAUUGUCAUUUCACAGAUUGGUUCACAUUUUAUUAUUGGACUAACACUUUGUUUGAUUAGCUUAUUAAAAAUAGAGAAAGAGUUCUUUGAUUUAUUAUUAUUUAAAGGGAAAGAGUUCUGUCUUCUUUCUUAUGCUGUUCGGAGAAGAACAGUUUAGAUAAGAGCAAAGCAUGAGUGGCCUGGGCCCAUGUCUUGUAGAAUAGGCCUGUGUCAGUAACUUAUGGUUUUACUUGGGCAGAGCAAAUAGAGCAGGGUCUUUUAGGUCAGAAAUGGACAAUUCAUCACGCUACACUAAAAAUAAUAAAAACAGACGUUGCAUUGUCCUUUUACUGUAAUUAGCUUUGAAUUGCAGAAAACAGGUCAGAUGUGAAAUUCUUAAGCAGCCAGUUACGUAUGAAACUGUCAUUCCUGGAUGUUUGCCCAACAUUCUACUGCAAACAAAAGGCCUUUAAAUCAGCUCAGGCAUGGCUGUAAAUGAGGCAGGUUCAUGGUUAGAGACAUCAGGAUCAGAACAGGAACAAAAACAUGGAGUCAAUAAGACUAACACCAAAUUUCGGGCGACAACUACAUGAAAGUAAAGUUUUAAGUGUUAAAUUAAAAGUACUGAUAGGUAAUAAAACAUAUUUACUGCUAGUGCUGUACCAGUUCCAGUCACCUUUCAUUCAGUGUACGAGUACAAAAACACAAGUCAUGCUGUUGGACUCGAUUCAAAAGACUGCCUCUGGGGGUAUUUGUGAACUAUGAGACAGAAUGGGAUUUAGCAGAUUUGUAAAUGUCAGUUUUGCCUGCAGGUGUUCCUUGUUCAUCGUGUCCGUCUUCAUACCAUCUCCUUGUUUGGACCCAACAAAUCACUCAGCUCCACUUGACUUUUCCACUUCUCUGUUAGAUUGUUAUCUCAGAUGUAAAAAAUAGAUUUCACCCACCCCUGAUGCAUAAAUGUGAUCACGAGGAAGAUUUUUACAUAAAGCCUUUAACGUGUUUGUUCUGCAGCAGUAGCGCUCCUCGAGCACUUACCUACAUAUUUACUGAGCAUUGUUGGGAACAUUUGGUUUGUGUGGCUUUGCCCUGAGGUCAAGGUGGUGAAAACAGUCAUCAUCCACCGCAGAUGUUUAUAGAACUCUUUCACCAGUUUGAGAUUAAAUCUUUCAACCAGUGGUCAUGCCAUCAGUCAGAUAUUUCAGAUAUUUUUACACGGCUUUCCGUUAGCAGUCAGAUCAAAUUAAACAGAUUUUCCUUUACACUGGCUCGUCUGAGCAAAGCCAAAACUAGAUUACUCCUACUUACUACUAAUAGCUAAUUGUUGCAUACAUUUGUUUAACCCUCCCUCUGUCUUUAUUGGUGACCCUGCGAGGAAAGUUGACCGUUAAGUAGGCUCGAUGGUUUAUCCCUUGAGGUCCACGUGGCAGGGGUGAGGUGGUGCUCACUCCUCAUCCCUGUCACAUGGACCCAAGGGAUAAACCAUCAAUCCUGCUCAAUGGUCAACUUUCCUCACGGGGUCACACCCAUUAGGACAGUGGGAGGGUUUAAAUUGUGUGUGUGUGUGUGUGUGUGUGUGUGUGUGUGUGUGUGUGUGUGUGUGUGUGUGUGUGUGUGUGUGUGUGUGUGUGUUUUAAACAGGUAAGUUCUGUUUCUUGGUUAGUUUUCCCCAGCAUUUCUGAAGCAGAGGAGCUGAUACCCUGGUGUUUCUGAACCUGGUUUGGGGCCCUUCGUCCUGUGUGUGAAAUGUAAGAUGGUACAGGGAUUCUAGUGAGGUGGCGCAGAGUCUUUAAAACUCAUAAAAACAACUAAUAAAUGACAAAACUGAUGAGUGAGAUGGUCCAGAGGAACACGUCGUUCAUCUGUUUCCCGCUGAAGAGCGUUCUGCUGCAUUCUGUGCAAGCUUCAAGCAGCAGGACCAGCAUUCAAAACAUAACAAACAUCUUUAUGAGAAGUGAAGGAUUGAAGAGUCCUGCAGAGGUGUCACAUAGAAAAUCUCAGCUUAACAACCAACUCUGAGAUGAGUUCAAGUUUAAAGGUGAAGCCGAAACACGGGUUUGUUAAAAUAUAAACAUCUUGUAUCAGCUUAAGAGAUUUUAUGUGUGUUCAUGUGAUUGCUGUUUCAAUUCCCCUGGCAGAAAUGUAUACAUGGGUGAAGCUAACUCGGAGCAGGAGCUUUUCAGGAAGUUUUCUUCUACCUUCUAUGAAAACUCGAACUCUCCUGACCUCUAUAACAUUUGCUGGGGUACCUCAAGGGUCCGUUCUUGGUCCACUCUUCUCUUUGACAGAUCAUUUGCUGCUGUGGCCUCGUUUACAAAGCAGCUGAAAACUCACCUGUUCUUUUUCACCCUCGUCUUAACCACUGGCGUCUUUUCAUGCUGCAGCUUUUAUGAAUUCUGUCUUUUUAGGGAUUCUGUGACGACCUUUUGGUUUUUCAAUUUUGUUUUCACAUUUUUAAUGUACAUUUCCCUUUUCCCCCAUUUUAAUUAUAUUUCUCAUCAUUUUUAUUUUUUUAUUGUUCUUGUGAAGCACCUCGUGAUUUUUAUCUUGAGAGGCGCUAAAUAAAAGAUCAUUAUUUCUUCUUUGUUGUUCAAUUGUGAAUUCUUGGAUGUCACUAAAAACCCAAGUUUCAAUGAAAGUAAAACAGAAGUGCACAGAAAACAGAAGUUUUCCUUCUAUCUAGGCGUGUGGAAGUGCUUUAAAAAUAAAACAGGAUAUAAUUGAAUACUAGAUAAUUUCUCGUCUCGUCUCAUUUGUUUUCCUAACCAAAAAUGUGUGUUUCUGCGUGUUUGUUGCACAGACGUACUCUAUCGAGUGACAUUCGUCUACAAGGCCUUAAACUUUAUUCAAUCAAUCAAUCAAACUGUAUUUAUAUAGCACUUAAUCAUGUAAUACAUGCAACUCAAAGUGCUUUACAGAUUAAAAAGGCCCCACAUACGCACAUUCCCUCCCAUCCCCAGAAUUUUAAAAACAGUCUGACAAUAAAAACCCCUUCACAACAUUCAUCCUCCGACACACACACACACACACACACACACACACACACACACACACACACACACACACACACACACACACACACACACACACACACACACACA